AUGACUGCCUAGUGGAAUCCCUAUUUCAUACCAAAAGAAAAUUAUCAAUAGUUGAAUAAUAUUUCCUUUGUAAGAUUUGAUUAGAAUUCCUAAUUGCCUCAAAAUCCAAAAUCAAUACUAUUGCAUAAUAAAAUUUAGAUUCAAACAAAUCCGAAACCCGAAGAAAUAAAAUAUAAAAGAAAUAAAAAGCAAUCCAGUUGUAUUCCAUUUUAAAUAAACAUUCCCUAACAAACUUCUAAUUCAACUUUAACAAAAAUUGCUUAGCCAAGCCUAAUACCAACCUUAAAUAAGCCAAAGCCGAAUGAGGAUAAUAAUUUAAAAGAUUCAGCCGUAUGGGAAAGAAAAGACUACUAAAAUCAGCAAGUUACUUUUGAAUCAUUUCUCAAUUAAUAAAAUCUCUCAAGAAACAAUUCCAUUGAUAGCAAUAGCAAAACCUAGUUCAAAAAAAACCAUAGAUAAUAUAGUCAUGUUGUUUAAGGUAAUUCAGGAACAUAUUUUAUGAUUUCUAAUAUACCUUAAAAUAAAAACACUAAUAGCAAUACUUCUAAUUCUUACUAUUCUAACUAUAAUAAUUGCAAUUCUCAGAGGGAAGAAAAAAAGGUAGAAAAAUUAAAUGUCCCCAAAUUUUUAAUUUAAGACAAUUCCUCUAAUUAAUUAAGUGAAAGAACGAUCAAAAAAUAAAGUCCUAAUAACAAUUUAUUGAAGCAUAAAAAAAAUACUCGAUGCAUUUCUAUGGGAGAAUAAAAGAAUUUGGGACUCACUCUAGAAUGUGAUGAAUCCAGCAUUACUAUUUUGAGUGAUAAUGCUAAUUCAACUUAAUCAAAAAAUAUCUAACUAAAUUAAACAUUUCUCUAAAAUGAAAACGGCAAGGAUUCAUAAAUUGGUGGAUUUUCUGCUGAAACUUUACAAGCACUUAUGUUAUAAGAAAUUGAACAUUUUCCAAAUCCUGAUUAUAUGGUUUCUAUCCAAACUCAAUUAAGUCCAAAAGUCAGGGCAAUUUUAAUGGAUUGGAUGAUUGAUGUUUGUUCUGUCUACAAUAUGAAAAGAGAUACUUAUUAUUUGGCAGUAGCAUAUGUUGAUAGCUAUUUAUCGAAAAAAUCUAUCCCAAAAGUAGAAUUGUAACUAUUGGGGACAGCCUCGAUGCUAAUUGCAUCUAAAAUGGAAGAAGUAGAGGCAAAACAUGUCAGUGAGUUUGAAAAAGCAGCCAAUCAUGGGUAUACCAUAGAUUAAAUUUAUGAUAUGGAGAUAGAAGUUUGUACAGUCCUCUAAUGGCAUUUGAAUCUCCCUACAAUCAAUCUUUGGAUUGAAUUCUACACCAAUUAAUGGGAUAAUUUUAUCACAGAUAUUCAAAAGAAAUUCAGAGCUAAUAACACGACAUCUUAUAAAUUAAUGUUAAAAUUGCAGGCAUAUAUUGAUUGUUGCUAUUUAGAUAUAUCAACAUUGAAUUAUAAACCAAGAACUUUGGUAGCAUCAUUUAUGUAUUUAAUAUUGGCUAUUGAAUAUUAACAAUUUACUAAAGAAUAAAUAUUUUAUGAAAUUCCUAAGACUCGCAAAUUUAUCCUAGUUGAUUCUUAGAAAUCGUUCAAUAAGUUAUUUACUGAAUUUGUUUAAUAUAGUUUUGGUUUUAAUCUAGUAGAUCUAAUAGAUGUUAUCAAAUAUGCAGCAAAAUUUAUAAUGCUUGACUUUAAAUUUAGUGAUACGAUCCAGGAUAAAAUUAUAGAAAGACAUGAAGACUUACUUAUAUACUAAAAAUAUAAUUAAUCAGGACUUUUGUACGUUGAAAAUAAACUUCAAAAGUGA